CCUGCGUAAACCAGAUACCUUAUUAGGCAAAGCUUCCGUAUUUUACAGGUUUUUGUAUUAUUGCGUAGCCAGGCACACUAGUGUAAAACAUGCACCUAUAAUUAUCCCUUUCGCCGCAUAUAGCACAGCAUAAGGAAAACCUCCCGAGACCCAAGUAACCGACACUGACAUCAUCCGAAUCACAAAAAAAGAGUACCACUUUCAGCCUCAACCUGGGCAAAAGGCGCAUGUCCCCCAGAAAACACACGGACAAAUGCCCGCACCAAACAGGCUGCUGCGGUCGCCAUCACAAGUUGUGAGGCCCUCUACGGUUGGCCGAAUACGAUCUCUCUUCUCCGACCAGCUACGCCAAAGCAAUGCUGAGCCAUGGACCACACCACCAAGGCCCGUGUCGAAACCUGCCACAACAUUGCAAGAUGCAAAUCCACACAACUUGCCCGAGGCCUGGUUCAACUCAACAUUCAACCUAUCCAAUAACCCCCUUCCACAACCGCCACCAGGUCAACCCAAACCGCCCGAAGAUACCAAGGUGAAGCUUGGACAGACCCUCCGAAUCCUCCAAGACCGCCUCCCAACCCUCCUCCAGUCCCCGCUCCCGCAGGAGGUCCUCUCGCCCAACAUCUCGCUGCACCUCUUCCCCUCGACGCACCCGCACCUCCCCGCCGUGUCGGGCCGCGUCGCCUACAAGGCCGCCCUGUGGACGUCGCCGAUCGCGUGGAACCGCGUCCCCGUCGUCGGCAACGUCCGCCUCGAGAUCCUGUCGGAGCGCAUGGUGCGCGGCCGCGCCGCCCGCCGCCACGGCGCCCUCGCCGAGCAGCUCAUCGUCCGGUGGCGCACCAUCGGCGGGAAGGGGAGGAGCAAUUGGGGCCUGUCGUUCCUGAACGGGGGCGGCCGCGGGGCUGGGGCUGGAGCUGGUGCUCGGAGUGCUGGAGGUGAUGGUGAUGGCGGCGGUGGUGGUGGUAUGGUCGAAGGAAGGGGAGGGGUGGUGGGCUCUUCCCAGCGCCCAGGCGAAGAUAAGGAGUUUACGGGCCUGUUCAUCUUCGAGUUCGACAGGGAAGGGAAGAUACUCAGCCACACGAUCGAGCACGUCGAGGAGGGCGGCCAAUGGGAGCAAGGGGUGGGCGCCAAGGUCGUCGGCCUGACUGACUGGCUGCUGGGAGGAAUGAAGGGCAGCAGGGAGGGAUCAGAUACCCCGUGUCCGGCGUUUGCAAGGAAGGAGAGGUGAGCUGUGGUGGCCACUCACUCUACUGCGGAAAUACGGAAAUACUACGAUUCCCCUGGGCAACCAGCAUGUACGAAUGGAAUUCUGGUCAACGGCAGACAGCGGGGCACACGGAGUUCACGGCAGCUUGUUCUUGGUCUUUUUUUUGUAAAAAGGUUUACGGAUACAGGGUGCAAUUCGGUACCUAGUGUAGAUAUGAACCACUCCCCUUUAUCCUGGUACUUGUUCCUAGUUUGUAUCUCCGCCCAUCUCGCCGCUCAGCUCCCGUGAUGUCAGCCCACGCCUCUGGGAGCCCCGGGCAGACCCGUUGGAAGAGAGUCCGUUGGCCCCGUGGCCGCCGUGCUGCAAUCCAGACGCCCCCACCGCCUUGACGCCGCGGCCGGGCUUCUGGAACGCCCCCUGGACGUACGAGGUCAGCGCGGCCCUCGUGGCGACGAC